CGCCCUCGCCCGCAACAGAACAGAGCGACCCUUUUAAGACUUGCGUUUGAAGAGAAAUCUCUCUCUCUCUCUCUCUCGCUCUGUCUUUCUCUGUUUCUACCCUUUGGCCUCUUCUUCUUGGUUUUCGAUAGUUUGUUUACACUGUCUAUGUUUCGGGUCCGAGCUUCGGCUUUUCGAAGCGCUGAAUUCGCUGCCGAUUGGUGUGCUCCGCGGCUCGCCGGCGGGAGGGGGGGAAGUAAAGCAUUCGGAAGACGGGAAUUUCAAUUCCUGCUGCGGGCGCGGGGUGAGAGCCAGGGCUAGAGAGAGAGAGAGAGGGAGGGACAGAGGGACAGAGGGAGGGGGCGGGACCGAGAGAGCGGGAGGUUUUGAUGGAGAGGAGCACUCCGGUGAGGAAGCCCCACACCUCGACGGCGGAUCUGCUGACGUGGUCCGAGGCCCCGUCCCCGGACUCGGCCCGACCCGGGUCCGGCUCUUCUCGCCCCGGUGCGCGUCCCCAUCAGCCGUCGGAUGGGAUCAGCAAGGUGGUGUUUGGAGGUCAGGUGACUGACGAGGAAUCUGAGAGCUUGAACAAGAGGAAACCGUGUUCGGGUUACAAAAUGAAGGAGAUAACUGGAAGUGGCAUCUUUUUGGAUAGUGGAGAAACUGAUCCGUCAGAGUCUGGCAAUAUUACUCCUAACAACAGAACAGGAAUCCGAAUGUACCAGCAAGCCCUUGCUGGAAUCAGUAACAUCUCCUUUGGUGAGGAAGAGAGCGUUUCUCCGAGAAAACCAACUACUCUGCAUGAGGUUGCAAAACAACGCGAAUUGAGUGGGACGCUGGAAAGUGAGUCGGACGGGAUGUUGAAAAAGCAGAUCUCUCAUGCUAAGUCCAAAGAACUUAGUGGGCAUGACAUAUUUGCACCUCCACCUGAAAUCUUGCCCAGGACGGUGGUUUCACACGCACACACAAUGCAUCAAGAUAUGGGAGAACCUGCACCACGUAAUUUACGCACAUCUGUCAAAGUUUCUAAUCCUGCUGGAGGACAGAGCAAUAUAAUGUCCACUGAGGAACCUGUGCUGAAGACGGCAAAGAAGAUCUAUGACAAGAAAUUUACUGAACUUUCGGGAAACGACAUCUUCAAGGGCGAUGUGCCUCCAUCAUCUGCGGAGAAACCACUAAGUGUGGCGAAACUGCGCGAGAUAAGUGGCAACGACAUUUUUGCUGAUGGUAAGGUAGAAUCUCGGGACUACCUGGGCGGCGUGCGCAAACCGCCUGGUGGUGAGAGCAGCAUCUCAUUGGUUUGAUAAGAUACGGCCUGGACCAACUAUUUCACGUGAUAGUCUUGUGUCUGGAUUUUCUUCUGGUUCUUACUGUGAACAUAUUCUGGUAUUACUCUCCUUUCAUUAAAUUCGUCGAGGGAUACGGCAAACUUCAUUCCAGUAUUUAACAUGAUUGGCUAGAGAUGUGACCGAUGUGCUAAUUGGUGUUAUGUGUUCAUACUUGCGUUUGGUUUAGCGAUUGUCCUAAUUUUCUGCAAGUUCAUCUACUGCAAUGAAUGGUUGCGUUUGUCCGUUC